AUGGGGCCUUCUGGUUUUUUCCUAUCGUAUUUAGGAGCAUGGAAGUUCCUGUUUCACGCUACUGAUGUGUUACAAGACGGCUAUGCAAACUACAAGGGCAUUCCUUUCAAAAUUGCUGACAUACAUAAUUGGAUCGUUAUCAUAAGUGGUCGUCAGUUGAUCGAAGAGCUUCGAAGAGCUCCGGACGACGCACUUUCGGGAAAUGAAGCGCUCAACGAUAUUGUAAAGGUAGAGUAUACGCUAGGCUCUGGGAUACGACAUAAUCCAUACCAUUUACCGAUUGUCCGCACCCAAUUGACUCGGAACUUGGCCACUCAAUUUUUGGACAUCCAAGAUGAAAUUGCGACUGCUUUCGACGAUGUUCUUCCUAUUAAAAAUAAAGAUUGGGUGAAAUUACCUGCAUUCAACGCAAUUAUGGAUGUCAUAUCUCGUGCCAGUAGCCGUGUAUUUGUAGGCCUGCCUUUGUGUCGGGAUCAUGAUUGGAGAUCUUGGAAUAUCCAGUUCGCCCUCGAUAUUGCAUAUACUGCACUUACCCUCAAGAUAUUCCCUAAAUUUAUGACACCGUAUGUCAUCUUCCCGCUUACAGACACCAUAUCUCCAAUGUUUCGUCGCAGAUUAAUUGCCAAAUGCUUCACUUGUAUACCCGCUGAUAUCGCUCGUGGGAUGAACCAUUUAGGACCAAUCAUCAAAGAACGCCAGAGAUAUCUGGACGAAUUUGGUAGUGAAUGGGCUGAUAAGCCGAACGACCUGCUGUCAUGGCUCAUGGAUGAAGCCCAAGGGGAAGAACGUUCCAUUCGUAGCCUCACUCUACGCGUUUAUGCCAUUAGCUUUGCUGCGAUUCAUACAUCGUCAACAAUCUUCACGCAUGCCUUGUUUCAACUAGCUGCGAAUCCACAAUAUGUUCAACCAUUGCGCGAAGAAGUAAUGACGAUCGUCGAAAAGGAAGGAUGGUCCAAGGCUGCAAUGGCAAAAAUGCACAAAGUCGACAGCUUCAUAAAGGAAGUUCUUCGGUUUGUUGGGACAGGAUCUUUGGCCAUGCAUCGUAAAGCGCUGAAAGACUUCACUUUUUCGGAUGGCACUUUCAUCCCCGCGGGAACUCUUCUCGCGGUUCCCUCUAUCGCCACCCACCAUGACGGCGAAACGUACGAAAACCCUGGCGUUUUCGAUCCUUUUCGAUUCGCACACUUGCAAACCGAAAAAGGACAAGAAAUCAAGCGUAGGAUGGUUUCUGUCAGCGCAGAUUGCAUCGCUUUUGGUUAUGGCAGACAUGCAUGCCCUGGCCGCUUUUUUGCCGCCACCGUGCUCAAAACAAUGAUGGCACAUAUAGUCGUCACGUACGAUGUCAAAAUGGAAAAAGAGGGUGUAGUGCCUGACAACCAAACAUUCAGCUUUUCCACUUUUCCUCAUCCCGAGGCCGAAGUGAUGUUUAGGAGGCGCUCGGUAUCGUAA